AUGGAAGCUGCCCAAUUGGUUUGUGAAGAAUGGGAUUCUCUUAGUGGACAGUACACAGCUGAAGAAGCUGAUUUCAUGACUCAGUUUCUUGGUGGAAACUAUUCAUGUUUUCUUUCAAAUGUUGCAAAUGAUAAUUUUAUGUGUUUCUCCCAAGGGAGUAGCUCAAGCACUGAUCAUAGUGAUAAUAUCUUUCCUACCAUCACACCGAGUAAUGGACCAUACUUGUGUGAUCCGGCAACAGACAUUGAUUCAUUGUCCAUGUUUUUUAGUCCACAAUAUUUGGAUGAUAACUUAAUCAAACAGGUAUAUUAUGAAAGCAUUGGUGAAGGGUCAGGUUUAGAUCAUGCUCCUGACAGCAAUUUGCAAGCUAAGAGGGAGCAUGGAAUGAUGUUUGUUUCUGAAUCUCCUUCGGGAGAGGAUAGAACCAAAAACAUGGAGAAUCCUGCAAAGAGAUUUAGGAGCUCGGAUGCUUCGAUGGAGCUAAAUGAUGGAACAUGUCCAAGUAUAAUCCCAAAAGAACAUGAAGCGUCGAACGCAAAUUUAUGUAGAAAAUCAAGAGCGAGAAAUGGUCCUGCUACUGAUUCUCAAAGCAUUUAUGCAAGAAGGAGAAGAGAAAGAAUUAAUGAAAGAUUGAGAAUCUUGCAGACCCUUGUCCCAAAUGGAACUAAGGUGGACAUUAGCACCAUGCUUGAGGAAGCUGUUCAAUAUGUCAAGUUUUUGCAGCUUCAAAUUAAGGUUCUGAGUUCUGAUGAUAUGUGGAUGUAUGCUCCCAUAGCUUACAAUGGAAUCAACAUUGGAUAG